AUCCGUCAUUUAUAUAACCUUCAAAUAGGAAGAUGAUCCGUGAAAAUGUUAAGACGGAAUUUGCGAAAGGGAAAAUAUGUUGAGACCCGAAUUUAGACCUGUCUUCUGCAUUUACAUUGGGUACUUUUAGUUAAAGUGUCAAAUAUGAGGCAGAAGGUGCAUUUGACCACGCAUAAUUUCUUCAGAAAUGAGAAUUCUUAAAGUCAUAUUGAUUAACUAGGACUGUCGGAAAUGUAUCACUGGGUGCAAAAGAGGGCAGGGAACAUCGUCCCGCUCCUGCUGCUGGCCGCCGCUUCGCUCUUAGCGUCCGUAUGGACCGUCAAAGACCUAGAAUGGGAGAGUCACAUCUCCAUGGGGCAGGGCUUCGCCUUGUUCCUCAGCGGACUGGUCUUCUUCCCUUCCACGUAUCUCGCCAGCAACUCCUUGUUCCUCCACACGACCUUCGGUCGGAAACUAGUCAAAACUUACAAGCUGAGCACCGGCGACAUCUUCGACAUCAGCAAUAAACAAGUGUCGGCAAUCCAGGCCCUGUUCUGCGGCAUCACCGGUUUCACCUCGUGCCGGUACUCCUGCAAGAGGGACAUCCUGCGCACCUCCCACUACAUCUCCGAGGCGUACGCCUGGUUCGGGGCGGCGUACUUCUUCUACGACAUCUGGUCCAUGUACAAGGUGUACAGCGCCAAGAUCUCCACCAGCCAGCUCAACGGGGACGCCAAAGUUAACAGGUCCAUAAACCGCGCCUUCAAACUCCUCGCCUACCUCAGGAGCAACGCGGUCAUCGUCGGACACCACUUGUUUAUCGGGGGAUUCGGGUUCUUAGUUAUUACCUAUCUGAGAGGCGGCUUGGGCGACUGUUUCUUCGGUUUCGUGUACCUGAUGGAGGCCAGCACCCCCUUCGUGUCUCUCAGGGGGAUCCUGUCCAAGAUGGGGAUGAAGGAGUCGCCGGUGUACGUCGUGAACGGGCUGGUGAUGUUGGUCACGUUCUUUCUGUGCAGGAUAGCCAUGUUCCCGUACGUGAUACACAUGUACGCGCAGACCAUCGGCAAGGAUUUCGUUUCGGCCGUCUACACCUUGCCGAGGGGCUGCCUGGUGAGCAUAGCCAUACUGUUGUUACCUCAGAUCUACUGGUUCUUCUUGAUGUUGAGCGGGGCGACGAAGGUGCUGAAGAAGUCCGUCUCCAACAACAACAACCUGAGCAACCCGAACGCUAAGUAGACGUCGACGCGGUGUCGGACGCGUUACGCUCUAGGGUCGUUUAGUUUAAUUUCCGUGUUUCGUUCAAGUAAGGGUAUCUAUUAAUGAAAGUCUGAGAAUCUUAGGUUUAAAUAAUUGUUGGUGUAUAUUUUCGGUGACCCGUCAUGAUAAUCGAGCUUAAAAAACAUGUAAAGACUAGCUUCCUAGGUAAUUUUAUUUAUUACAUUUGAAAAAUAUAUGUAAGCCGACAAGCUUUAGAUGUUGAGAAUACUGAGAGAUAUAUUUAUGAUACUUGCCGGCGUGGGAGGGGGACGAGCCGCUCUCCCCAUUUAUAUGACGCAAUAUUAUUUUUUUUACACGGUUUUUACAAGGUCUUGCAUUUCUCCCACGGGGCGCGGCCCGUUCCGCUCCCACCCGGCGACGUUUGUAACCUUUCCAAAACUGUGUUGUGAUCUUAGAUGUUUCAGCACCAGGGCGUGCCGAGCGCAUCAGUAUUACGUUUAGGUUAUAUUUUUAAUUUAUUUGUGAUGGACUCUGUCUCGAAUGUAUUACCUGAAAAUAAAUGUUAAAUAGCA